AUGGAGAGCAGAAAGGCUCGUAUUCUUUGUCUAGAUGGAGGCGGAGUCAGGGGAAUCACAUCGUUAUUAAUGCUCAAGAUUAUCAUGACCGAAAUUCGCACCCAGGAGGAGAGGGAUACGGCAGACUGCGGCGACGAAAAAAUGGACGGCGGGGCGAACAACGACAAAACCGGAUCGAGGUCAACAACGCCCCUGAAGCCUUGUGAAUAUUUCGACUUGAUAUGUGGGACAAGCACUGGCGGUUUGAUUGCUCUGAUGCUCGGCAGGCUGGAAUACACUGUCGAUGAGGCUAUUGAACAAUAUAUGAAUUUUGGUGAAGAGAUCUUCAAGAAGAAGCGGCGAUGUUUCAACUCGUCCAAAUACGACCACAGCAUUCUCGAGAAAUGUCUCAAAAAGGUUAUUCAUGAGUCGCAUCUCGGUGACGAAAAUGCAAUGAUGAAAGACGAGAAUUGCCGUUGCAGGACCUUUGUUGUUUCCGCACAUCUCAAUAAGCAUGCAGAUGAAGACGAGGACGAUGCCGCCAUCCUUAGAUCCUAUGAUCUCCAAGCUUUGCAGCCUGCAUAUGCGUUUCACGGCAAGAUAUGGGAAGCCGGAAGAGCGACCUCUGCCGCCCCGACAUUCUUCAAACCAAUUGAAAUCGAGCAAAGGGGGGAAAGCAGCAAUACCUCUGGCGUAAUCGCAAAGGCGUCGCGCAAGCUCAAGUCCGAGACGAACAAGAAAGACAGCUACAGCGAUGGUGGCACAGUUGCCAACAACCCAUGCAGCAUUGCCGUCAGAGAGGCAGGUAAAAUCUGGGGUUACGGCAAUAUAGGUUGCAUCGUUAGCCUUGGUACAGGGCCUGAACCAAAAUUUACCUUGGACCAGGCUACAGAACAGAUAUUGGGGCCGAGGAUCAUGUGGCUAUCCCAGAAAUUUCUCUCUCACUUCUUUUACUUCCGGCUACAACUGGCGUUCUACAGUCUGCAAAAGAUGACGAGGACCGAGCAUGUGCAUAAAGAAACGAGAGACUUGGUUACGACCUUUAUCAAUGCCAACGGCGAGACCGAUGGCCAAGUCUACUUUCGUUUCAACGUGGAGAGUGAGAAGGCUAGAGUGAGGCUUGACGCCUGGGAGAAGAUGUCCCAGCUGCAGGGUCUAGCUAUCCAAUAUAUGGGCUUCGAAGAUGUGGUUCAGAAAACGAAGGCGACUGCGGCAAAACUGAAAAAGAAUCGUAUAGGAGAACAACCACCACCGCAAACAGACCCAGAGGUGCAUGAUCAUGUGGUGCAGCUCAGAAUUCUAACUGAACCGCCGGAAAAAGUGGAAGCCCUUAUUGACAUCAGUGUCAGAAACAACUUCGUGUCGAAGGCCUUGGUUGACAAGCUCAAAAUCCCUAUCGAGCAGACAUAUGUCCCGGCACCGACGAUGAGAUAUUUUAAGGGAACCGAGAAUUGGGUCGAAUACAAAUCAUGGAUUCAUUUUUCUAGAGACGGCAGCUCGGAUCAUCUCAGAGACAAUUUCUACGUGUUGAAUCAAAACCCGGUCCCAUACGAGCUAAUAAUAGGGUCGGAUUUCCUUAAAGAUCAAGGAUCUGUUCUGCUGAAGCCAUCACCACUGUCAAUGGCUGCACAAAGGGGGGACGAGGCUGUCAUCAAGCGUCUACUCGAGUAUGGUGUAGAUAUAGAAGCCAGGGACCAGUUCCGAAGGACGUCACUUUUAUAUGCCAUACGAAGUGGUCGUCAGAAUAUCGUAGAGCUGCUGCUUGAAAACGGCGCCCAUGUUGCGGUCAAGGAUAAUGAUGGUCAGACGCCGUUACUUGAAGCAAUCAUAUUUGGACAAGAAGCUAUCGCCAAGCUACUUAUCGAAAAAGGUGCUGAUAUUCAGGCUAAGGAUGAUUUGGGUACUACGCCGCUACAUUCUGCCGCUAUCAGAAGAGGCACGGCUGUACUUAAGCUGCUUCUCGAAAAAGGUGUUGAUAUUGAGGCUAAGGAUUAUGUCCAGCGUACGCCGUUAAAUGCUGCCGCUGCUCAUGGACACAAGGCUGCCGUCAAGCUACUUCUCGAAAAAGGUGCUGAUACUGAGGCUAUGGAUGUGUGGGGUAAUACGCCGUUGCUGAAUGCCGCUUGGAUGGGAAAGGGAGCCGUCGUCAAGUUGCUUGUCAAAAAUGGUGUUGAUAUUAAUGCGAGGGGGAAACACGGUCUGACACCGCUUUCAAAGGCUGCUGAAAAAGGGCACACGGCCGUUGUCAAGUUUCUGCUCAAGCGUGGAGCUCAUGUUAAUGAAUCGGAAUUAUCGGAAGCUGGUAAGAAAACACUCAGCUCCAUCUUGGAGUUGACUACAGAUUCAGGAGAUGAUAUGGACUAG